GAGUGUUACUGCAACACUCUAUUGGAUCAUUCAGCACAGCUGUGCUUUGUCCCAGUGUUGAAAUCAACUCGGAGGAGAGCGAGCCUGCAAAAUGUCGACCUACAAACUCAUAUAUUUCGAUGUUCGUGCUAAGGCCGAACUUGCACGUCUAAUGUUUGCAUACCAGGGCCAAGCAUAUGAAGAUUCGAGAUUUGCUAUGGAAGAGUGGCCUGCGCUAAAACCCAAAAUGCCCUUCGGACAGGUUCCAGUCUUAGAAGUUGACGGAAGGAUGUUUUCCGAGAGCGUUGCCAUAACUAACUAUCUAGCCCGGAAGUUCGGGCUGUACGGAAGUACCGAAUUCGAGACUGUCGAGGUGGACCAAGUGGUGGGCAUCACCCAGGACAUGUGGAAGGUCAUCGUAGACUGGGUACACGAAAAUGAAGAAUCGAGAAAGGCUGACUUGCAGAAAGAAAAUGAGGAGAAAAAUUUCCCAAAGCAUCUGGCUUCCUUGGAAAAGAUUCUGAAAAACAAUGGCACUGGCUUUUAUGUUGGUAAUCAGCUAUCGUAUGCUGAUCUGGCGGCCUUCGACGCAAUGGACAUACAGGUACCCGACGCUGUAGUCGAUCAGUUUCCCCUGGUCAAAGCCAACAGGGAGCGAGUGAGGACAAACGACAAACUCAAAGAUUACAUCGCGUCACGCAAAGAGGCAACUCUCUGAAUCCGUGAUACUUUUGUCAGAUAUUUCACUUGCCAACUGAAAUUCGUUUAUCGUGAAAUGUUGUCUUGUUUAAUUACGCUUUACAUCUUCUGAUUAAAAUGCUGUAAUGGUUU